AUGACAAAUUAUCGUAAACUAGCCAUUUUCAAACGUGAAAUGAUCAUUGGACUUUCCAAGAGCAAUCAUGGCACUCCUGAUAUUUCUGAAGUUUUAGAAAUACCCAGAAUUACUUGUCAGAAUGUCAUAAACAAUUUUCAUAAAAAAGGUCUUACAGAUGUUACUGCUCAUUCUGAGAGAUUAUCUCUUUUGUCUGAUC